GCUGCGCCACAUUAGUUGAUUGAUAAACAUGAAGCUGUUGUUUGCAUUCGUUGCUUUGGCUGUGGCUGUGGCCAGUGCCGUACCCACAGAGGUGUCCAAGCCCAUUCCUGUCAGGGACAUGCCAAGCGAGGCAAAGAUCCAGGGUCGCAUUACCAACGGGUAUCCGGCAUACGAGGGCAAGGUGCCGUAUAUUGUGGGUCUGAGCUUCAACGACCAAUACUGGUGCGGCGGCUCCAUCAUUGGCAACACCUGGAUUCUCACCGCCGCCCACUGCACGAGGGAGGCCAACCAUGUGCUGAUCUACUACGGCGCCAGCUUCCGCCACGAGGCACAGUUCACCCACUGGGUGAGCCGCGACAACAUGAUCACCCAUUCCGGCUUCAACGACUAUCUGAACAACGACAUCGCCCUGAUUCGCACUCCCCACGUGGACUUCUGGUCGCUGGUGAACCGCGUGGAGCUGCCCAGCUUCAAUGACCGCUACAACAGCUUCGCCGGUUGGUGGGCAGUGGCCUCCGGCUGGGGCCACACCUCCAACGAUAGCGGCAUGUCCGCGUACCUGAACUGCGUCGAUGUCCAGGUGAUGGAUAACAACGACUGCCGCAACUCCUACAACAGUGACUACAUUACCGACAACACCAUCUGCAUCUCGACCAACGGCGGCCACUCCACCUGCAACGGUGACUCCGGCGGUCCCCUGGUCCUCCACGAGGGCAACCGCAUCGUGGGCAUCACCUCCUUCGGCCACGGGUCUGGCUGCACGGCCGGCCAGCCCGCAGGCUUUACCCGCGUCACCGGAUACCUCGAAUGGAUCCGCGACCACACUGGAAUUUCCUACUGAUACGAUUAAUCGUAUACGAUUAUCAGCAAUAAAUCAUUGAUUGCCAGCAA